CACAAAAUCCAACAACCAAACUCACCAACCCACCCCUUCCCUCCCUUCUCUAAAACCUUCUACCAAAUCUCACAUUCUUAUUACCUCAAAAUCUCUUCUUCAUCUUGCUAUUCCCUUCUCAUGGCUUCUUCUAUUACUCCCAAGCCUUUCCUUGGAGCUACUAAACCCAAUCCUUCUCUUUCUUCUGAUCUCCAAAGACUCUCUUUUUCCUCUCUUCAUAUCUCAGUCAAACCAAGAACCCACAAGAAGCUUCAGAUACAGGCAGCAGGGAGCACAUUUGGAAAUUAUUUCCGAGUUACAACAUUUGGAGAAUCACAUGGAGGUGGUGUUGGUUGUAUAGUUGAUGGAUGCCCUCCUAGGAUUCCUCUGUCAGAAGCUGAUUUGCAGUUUGAUCUUGACCGAAGGAGGCCAGGUCAGAGCCGAAUUACUACCCCUAGGAAAGAGACUGACACAUGCCGCAUAUAUUCUGGAGUUUCUGAAGGAGUGACUACUGGAACACCAAUCCAUGUAUUUGUACCAAAUACUGAUCAGAGAGGACAUGAUUACAACGAAAUGUCAAUAGCUUAUAGGCCCUCUCAUGCUGAUGCCACUUAUGACAUGAAAUAUGGUGUCAGGGCAGUGAAGGGUGGUGGUAGAUCUUCAGCCAGAGAAACCAUUGGGAGAGUUGCCCCAGGGGCUAUUGCUAAGAAAAUUCUCCAGCAGUUUUCAGGAACUGAGGUUCUUGCCUAUGUCUCACAAGUUCACCAGGUUGUGCUCCCAGAUGGUUCGGUUGACCAUGACACUCUAACUCUUGAUCAGGUAGAGAGUAACAUUGUACGGUGCCCAAAUCCUGAAUAUGCUGAGAAAAUGAUUGCUGCUAUAGAUGCUGUUCGGACAAGAGGAGAUUCUAUUGGUGGUGUUGUCACGUGCAUAGUAAGGAAUGCCCCACGUGGCCUUGGUUCACCGGUUUUUGAUAAACUUGAAGCGGAGCUUGCUAAGGCUGUAAUGUCGUUACCUGCAACCAAAGGGUUUGAGUUUGGCAGUGGAUUUGCAGGUACUUUUCUGACUGGUAGCGAACAUAAUGAUGAGUUCUUUACCGAUGAACAUGGAAAAAUAAGGACAAGAACCAAUCGCUCUGGUGGGAUACAGGGUGGAAUAUCCAAUGGGGAAAUUAUAAAUAUGAGAGUAGCUUUCAAGCCAACAGCUACCAUUGGUAAGAAGCAGAACACAGUGACUCGAGAAAAGAAAGAGAUAGAACUAAUCGCCCGUGGUCGUCAUGAUCCUUGCGUUGUCCCCCGAGCGGUGCCUAUGGUGGAAGCUAUGGUAGCCCUUGUGCUUGUGGACCAAUUGAUGGCACAAUAUGCACAAUGUAAUUUGUUCCCCAUCAACCCAGAGUUACAAGAACCCUUGAGCUUGAAUUUCCCGAAUUUUGAGCCGGCAAAUAUAUAGACUUGAAUGGUGGCAAAGUGGCUGAAAUAUCUAUCUAGGUUGUUAUCAACUCAAAUCUUCUUAAUUUCAAGUGUUAAAUACUCCAUUUUGAAUGAGAAUGUUCUGGUUUUAAUCCACCUAGUGGACCAAGAGUUCAUGGCCAUUUCUUUUUCCCCCAACUUUGUUAUGUGUUUUCUUUAUAAUUACAUGGUAAUGUAGCUUUCAUAUCUUGACUAUUAUUUGAUUUCUUUUCCCCAAGCUUGUAAACGAAUUCACAAGACAUUAAUAAAUGAUUGUUGGAAGAGUUGUGAAAUA